GCCAAUCCCGAUCAAUUUUUCAAGCUCUCAGUUGGACUGUGUGUAAUGACACGAGGAGCAGCAGCCCAAAAACUCAUCCAUUCCACUGUCCUCUAAAAGAACAUUUACACGCAAGACGCAAUUGUGCAAUUUGCAGGACAGUGUAAAUACUGAAUCUUUUUUUUUUAUAUAGGGAAACUUUUCAUUCACGUCUGUGCUACUUUACUUAAAGAGUUAUUUAGGCUAAUAUGACAAAAAUCCUGCUAGCUCACAGCGUUGUUAAAUCUCUGAGACAAGGAUGUGUGGCUGGCAGAAGAGUAGGAAACACGUCGGCAUGGCUGAGAUUUCAAACUACGAAACUGUUUAGUUUGAAGGCCCAGACGGCCCACCUGGUCUUGGAGGAUGGUACCAGAAUGAAAGGAUUUUCCUUUGGGCAUGAUGCCUCUGUAGCUGGAGAACUCGUCUUCAAUACUGGCCUGGUGGGGUAUCCUGAAGCCCUGACUGAUCCCAGCUACAGAGGUCAGAUCCUUAGCCUGACCUACCCUAUUGUGGGAAACUACGGGGUACCCAACAGCCAGGAGCUGGACGAGCUGGGCCUUAGAAAACAUUUGGAGUCAGAGCGUAUCCAGGUAUCUGGUCUUCUUGUUCAAGACUACAGUCACGAGUACAGCCACUGGAACUCUGUCAAGUCUUUGGGGCAAUGGCUACAAGAAGAGAAGGUUCCUGCACUGUUUGGAAUAGACACCAGAAUGCUGACCAAGAUCAUCAGAGACAAGGGCACAGCUUUGGGGAAGAUUGAAUUUGAUGGGCAGCCUGUUGAGAUAUCUGACCCUAACCAGAGAAACUUGGUAGCAGAGGUCUCAACCAAGGAAACCAAAGUUUUUGGAAAAGGAAACCCAAUAAAAGUGGUGGCUGUUGAUUGUGGUAUUAAACAUAACAUAAUUCGCCUACUGGUUAAGAAGGGUGCAGAGGUCCACCUCGUACCGUGGGAUCAGGACUUGCAGAGUCUAGACUAUGACGGGCUUUUCAUAUCCAAUGGACCAGGAGAUCCGUCUUUGGCCAAGACACUCAUCAACAAUGUCGGCAAGGUGCUGGAGAGUGAUCAUCCCAAGCCAGUGUUUGGGAUCUGUAUGGGCAACCAGAUCACUGCUCUGGCUGCAGGAGCUCAGUCAUAUAAGCUACCUAUGGGCAACAGAGGCCAGAACCAGCCGGUGCUGAAUGUGAUGACGGGCCAGGCCUUCAUUACGGCGCAGAACCAUGGCUACGGCAUAGACAGCCAGUCCUUGCCCCCAGGGUGGAGCCCGCUUUUCAUCAACGCCAAUGAUGGCACAAAUGAGGGCAUCAUGCACAACACGAAGCCUGUAUUUACGGCCCAGUUUCACCCGGAGGCUAAAGGCGGUCCCACCGACACAGAGUUUCUCUUUGAUGCCUUUAUGUCCCUGAUCAAGAAAGGAAAAGAUGCCAAUAUAGUUUCAGUGAUGCCUAAGAAACCACAGAUUCCUCCCAGAGCCCAGGUGUCGAAGGUGCUCAUACUGGGUUCUGGUGGUCUGUCUAUCGGUCAGGCUGGAGAGUUUGACUACUCUGGAUCACAGGCCAUCAAGGCCAUGAAGGAGGAAAACCUGAAGACGGUGCUCAUGAACCCAAAUAUAGCCUCGGUUCAGACCAAUGAAGUGGGAACCAAGCAGGCCGAUUCGGUCUACUUCCUGCCUGUCACGCCACAAUUUGUAACUGAAGUCAUCAAGACUGAGCGUCCAGAUGGCAUCCUGCUCUCCAUGGGCGGACAGACUGCACUCAACUGCGGAGUUGAAUUAUUCCAGAGUGGUGUCCUGGAGCAGUACGGGGUAAAGGUCCUGGGAACCCCAGUUGAAUCCAUCAUGGCCACAGAGGACAGACAGCUUUUUGCUGACAAACUGAAUGAGAUCAAUGAGAAGAUUGCACCCAGUUUCGCUGUGAAGUCGGUAUCUGAUGCCUUGAAAGCUGCAGAGCAGAUUGGCUACCCUGUGAUGUUGCGAUCUGCCUAUGCCCUUGGAGGACUGGGGUCUGGUCUGUGUGCCAACAAAGAAAAGCUGGAGGAAACUGCACACAAGGCUCUGGCUAUGAGCAGUCAGAUUCUGGUGGAAAAGUCUUUGAUGGGCUGGAAGGAGGUGGAAUAUGAGGUGGUGAGAGACGUGGCUGACAACUGCGUCACCGUCUGCAACAUGGAGAACUUCGACCCACUUGGCAUUCACACAGGUGACUCCAUAGUGGUGGCACCAAGCCAGACAUUGUCCAACGAGGAGUACCACAUGCUCCGUGAGACGGCCAUCAAAGUGGUUCGUCACCUUGGCAUUAUAGGUGAAUGCAACAUCCAGUAUGCCCUACACCCGUCGUCCUUGGAGUACUGCAUCAUUGAGGUUAACGCUCGGCUCUCCAGAAGCUCCGCUCUGGCAUCCAAAGCUACUGGGUAUCCAUUGGCUUUUGUUGCUGCUAAGCUGGCUUUGGGUAUCCCCCUACCAGAGAUCAAGAACGCUGUAUCGGAGAAGACCACAGCCUGCUUUGAACCCAGUCUAGACUACAUCGUCACUAAGAUCCCCCGCUGGGACCUGGACCGCUUUCAGGGCAUGUCCCAUGAAAUAGGCAGUGCCAUGAAGAGUGUCGGAGAGGUGAUGGCAGUUGGCCGGACCUUUGAAGAGAGUGUGCAGAAGGCCCUGAGGAUGUGUCAUCCAUCAGUGGAUGGCUUUGUGCCCCGGCUGCCACUCAAGAAAGCAUGGGCCGACACCCAGGACCUGGAGCAGGAGCUGGCUGUGCCCUCCAUUACCCGCAUAUUCUCCCUUGCCAAGGCCCUCCACAGUGGUAUGAGUGUUGAUCAGAUCCACCAGCUCACGUUCAUAGACAAGUGGUUCCUCCACAAACUCAACAGGAUAACACAGCUGGAACAGCACCUGGCAAACUACAACAGUGGCACAGUACCUAAGGGGCUGCUGCUGAAGGCCAAGCAGGAUGGCUUCUCAGACCGGCAGGUUGGUCAGAUACUGGGCUCCAGUGAGCGAGCAGCCAGAGAGCUGAGGCUCACUCAUGGCAUCAAACCCUGGGUCAAACAGUUCCUGAACGUAGAGUGUGCAUUCCAGCAUGUGGGUCAUGAGUGCUCUCCCUACCAGCAGCAAUACGUGAGACAGCAGGGCAACUGCCUACCACCUCCUUAA